UUUGUAAAAGUUCCUGAACAGAAAGAGCAUAUCGUCUAGUCCAAUGGUAUUGUUUUAUGCAACUUACAGCGCGCGAUCAAUCACGCAAAUGGUACCGGCAACAAAAAAGUAACGAGUAACCAUGCGUCUUGGUGAAAGUUAGGUCGAACAUUUGCGUGAUUCUGCCCGUCAGUCAGCACUUGUUUAUAAGCGACUGCUCGGGCGAAGCGCACUCCACUGUCAGUCAGCUACCAAGUUAGCUUCUUGUUAGCAUCGCCUGAGCUACAAGAUGAGCUUUUCACGAGAAAUAAAACUGCUUCAGAAGGCGAAAUACAAAGCCCAGAACAGCAGCAACAUAAGAGAGGAGGCUAACAUCUGCAAUCAGCUUGGAGAGCUGCUAUCAAGAAACGGCGACUAUGAGGCCGCCAUUGAGGAGCACCAGCAAGAGUUGGCACUCUCUGAAGUGGUAAAUGAUGUGAUUGGACGAGCUGUGGCCAAUCGUAAGAUAGGAGAGUGCUACGCAGAGUUGGGAAACAUUGAAGCGGCCUUGAAACAUCAGCACCGUCACCUGGACCUGGCCCGCUCUGUUAAAGAUCACGCCGAGGAGCAAAGAGCGCUCGCCACUAUCGGCCGAACCUACCUCUUCCGCUAUGAGUCAGACCAGUCGAGGAAAAGUCUUGAACAAGCGGAAGAUGCCUUCAGGAGGAGCUUGGCCAUUGUGGACGAUCUUCUAGGGACGGUGCCACAGCGAGAAAUUAAUGAGAUGAAGGCUCGACUCUUCCUCAAUCUCGGUUUGGUUUGCGACCACCUGGGGGAGCCCAAGCGCUGCAGCGAGUUCAUUCGACGCAGUGUCUUCAUCGCAGAGAAGAGCACGCUGCUGGAAGAUCUCUACCGCGCCAACUUCAAUCUUGGUAACAUCUUCUUCCGCAACGGCCAGCACUCCAAUGCGGUGCGUUGCCUGGAGCAGGCCAAAGAGUGUGCACGGAAGAUGAAGGAUAAGUUCACCGAGAGCGAGUGCUUCCAUUGCAUUGGCAAGGUUCAGCUUUCUUUGGGUGAUUUUGUGGCUGCGAGACGCUCUCUUAAGAAGGCUCUAUUGUUGGGUUCCCAACAGCCAGUGGACAGACAGGCCGUGAAGAAAGCCUUUAAAUACGCCGACCAAGGCUGUAAAUUAGAAGAGGGGUUGGGAGAGGAUCAGUGCAGGGCUUCCCAUGAGGCCGUAGGUCUGGCGGAGCAACUUGGAGAUCUUUACUGUAAGGUCGGCUGCUUCCACAAAGCUGUGGAUGCAUAUCAAGCGCAGCUCACAGGCGCUGAGGCGUUAGGGAAGCCCGCACGCGAGCUGGCGGUCAUCCACGUGUCUCUGGCCGCGACCUUCACUGACCUGCGGCGGCACGGUGAAGCGGUGCAGCACUACAAGCAGGAGCUGGCAUUACGGCAGGGCAGCCCGGCCGAGGAAUGCAGCACCUGGCUGAACAUCGCAGCGGCCCAGGAGGAGAGCGUUGUUGCCUUUGAGGAUCAGGACAGCAGCUUCGGUGCUGCCCUUCGUUGUGCUCAAACACAUGGGCAGGCCCGACUGCAAAAGCGCGUUUUGAAGCUAUGGUUGGCGGCUCAGAGGCGAAGCGGCUCGUUAAACGACAGCGAGACCGAAGCCAAACUGCUGGAGCUGUGCGCCACAGAGGGCUGGACGCCACAUGACAGUGAUGGAGAGGAAGCGGAAGAGGAGGAGAUGGACAACUCUGAACCUCUAGAUGAUAGUGAUGUUGUUCUUUCAGACUCCGAUGACGACCUGGAAGAAUAUGACAAGAUGGUGUCAGGAAGGAGGAAGGCAGGACGGUGGAACAAGAGGAAUGAGAAGGGUGAGACGUCCCUCCACAGGGCGUGCAUAGACGGGAACUUGAGGCAGGUCCAGUAUCUGGUGGAGCAGGGCCACCCAAUAAACCCCAGAGACUACUGCGGCUGGUCUCCCCUGCAUGAGGCCUGCAACCAUGGUCACCAUGACAUUGUGUCUGUGCUGCUGGAGCGAGGUGCGAACAUCAACGACCCGGGCGGCCCGCUGUGUGAGGGGGUAACUCCCCUGCACGACGCCCUGGCAUGUGGCAACUUUUCAGUAGCCAGGCUCUUGGUGGAACGAGGGGCUUCUGUUAACCUCCGCAACUCUAAGGGUGAGACUGCCAUUGACACACUUCGUCAUUGGCAGCGGAUGUACAGCAAAGAACUGGACCAUGAAGCCAAGCAGGAGUGUGCAACGACUGAGCGACUGCUGAAGAAGUCACUUGCAGGAGGCGUCCACGUUGCCGUUGCCCCUCCCAAACCUUUUGACUCAUUUCAAGACAGCCAGCUAUUUGAUGCCGAGAACUCUGAGCCACUUACGUCCUCAGAAGGGGGCUGUGCCUCUAGCCAAGACUGGCCUGGGAGCAGCGAUAGGUCAAAGGUGAACACGACAGCGUCUGCUAGUCUCUCGCGACAGCAGCUAAACAGCUCAUCUCAGCGUCGGCGAGCCAGAGGGACAGAGGCUACUCUUCUUUAUGGGAAUAAGAGCAGCUCUUCAGAAGACAGUGACUCUGACAUCCCUAUUAGUCCGCUCCGUCCAGUUCGCCCGAGACCCGCCAUACCAAAAGCUCCCGGCCAAAAUAAUACGAGCCCAAACAAGGAGGGUGGCUCAACUGUCAGAGAUCCCUCCGCAUCGUCCGUCUUUGCCCAGAAAGCAUACCACAGCGCCAUCCGAGGGUUGGGUAGCGCUAAAACGCUCCUGCAGGGCCGCACACAGCCUCAUUUGUCCAGCACACCGCCGGGCCUUUCAUCUAGUAUCAAAUCAGCUUUGGUUCCCGAGGAGGAGUAUCUGAUGGAUGACUGGCUGGAGGAUGAUUUGCAGGAGAGUCAGCCGAAGAAGAAGAGGAGGCUUCAAGUUCAGAAUGGUGCCAGAGGAGAUGACGGUCUACCUUUAACAGUCAGAGGUCCGAACUCUCAGAUGUCCUGCAGGAUUCUGCCAUCCACCAGCAGAGGUGUCUCUCUGAGAAAGAACAGCUCAGUGAAGCCUCAUCAGGUCAAAAUGACACAUAUGCCCGGAAUGGUUCGAUUGGGAAGACGAGAGAUCAACAGGUCACAUAGCCCCACCCUGACAGAUGACGACAUGAGACCGGAGACGCCUCCGCCACCUCAACAAAUGCCCAUGCAGCCUCCAACUCAGACUUCCUCCAUCACUGCGUCACUGCCUCCGCCAAUAAGGAUGAGGGUCAGAGUACAGGAUGACGUCUUCCUCAUCCCUGUUCCACAAAGCGAGGCAGACUCGUGCACUGUGUCGUGGCUCUGCAAUCAGGCCGCCCAGCGUUACUACCACAAGUGCGGCCUCCUGCCUCGCCUCUCUCUGCAGAAAGAAGGCGCUCUGCUGUGCCCGCAUGACCUCCUGUUGGCCGUUCUGCACACCAACGAGGAGGUGUUGGCUGAGGUGUCUUCCUGGGACCUCCCUCCUCUUCCAGAGCGCUACAAGAAGGCAUGCCUCAGCCUGGCAGUAGAAGAGAACAAGCGCGUCACCCGACUGUGUGAGGUGCAGGACGGCAGCUCCUCCGUGUUGGUGUGCGGCCUCGGCCUGGCCCCGUCCUCCCUCGCCGCCCUUUUACGCGCCCUCAAACUGCAGGCCAGCCUCACCGAGCUACGCCUUUCGGGCAACCGCCUCCACGAUAACCUCCUCGCUGAGCUGGUGACCACGGCUAUCACCAUGCCACGGCUCUGUCUGCUGGACAUUUCGGCCAAUCAGGUUACGGGGGAGGGGCUUGAGAAGGCAGCCAACGCUUUAAAAGGAGUCAGCCAUCCUGCAUUUCCGUGUCUGAAGGAAUUGGACCUGAGCUUGAACCCACUAGGUGACAAUAUAUCAGAGUCUCUGUCCUGCCUGGUGUCCUCCUGCCCGCUGCUGGCCAAGCUAUCCCUGCGUGGCUGCAGCCUCACUUCCCGCUUCCUGCAGCAACAUCGCCUGCUGCUCGCUAGCACCCUCACAGGGACGGGCCACAUGAAGUCAGUGUGUCUAUCCCACAAUGCACUGGGCUCCACAGGCUUUGAGCUGGUGUUGAAAACUCUCCCUCUACACACUCUCACACACUUGGAUCUGUCUGCUGUACGAAAGGGGCUGGUUGAUUACCCGGCGCUGGAACACCUCGCCAUCCUUCUGUCACAGGACGACUGUUCAUUAACCCACCUCAGUUUGGCAGCUAAUGGGUUAACAGAUGACAGUGCAGCCACUUUGGCCAGGUGCUUUUCCACGUGUCCCACUCUGGUGAAUUUGAACCUGUCAGGAAACCCUUCCAUUACUUCAGAUGGAUUUCGAAUCAUCCUGAACGCCCUCCGAGAGGCGCGUCGACCUCUGACCCUUUUAAACCUUCAAGGUUGCCAGGUGUCAGGGCCGUUGGGAGGCGAGGACCUGGACGGUUUAGCAGAGCUCGUCCAAGAUCUCCGUUUUUGCUCUCAGGGCCUCAACAAGCUGGACCGGGAAGCUUUAAAGCAGACGUGGACCAACAGUCAGCCUGACGGGUAUUUUGUAAACAGAAAGGCAGCCUGCCUGCUCUCCAGUGUGGCCUCCUCCUGAGGGCCACAUGUGCUUUACAGACAGUGGCAGGCAUUUAUUUGGGAAUCAUGUGAUAACCUGCAGUUACAUUUUAUUAACAAGAGAAUGAUCGCACAUCAUUAACAUCAUCUCCCCGUAGGAAAAAGUGAACUAUUUACACUGAAGUGUCUCAAUGAACAUAUGUCUUGUUACAACUAAUUUAUGUGUUUAUGAAAGGCAUUUUGUUAGCUUUGUAUAUAUCCUUAAAGAAAAUAAACUAUUAAAGCAGCCCAAGUUUAUCAUUAAAAAGAAACUAAUCUGUUUGAGUGCCUAUUUGUAUACAAAGUCUACUUCAAUAUUUGACGUAUUUCCUCAAAUAGUGGU